AUCGAGAGGCGAUGCGAGUCCAAGUCUGCUUUCAAGACGGCCCAUCCUUCGCCUGACGCGCCAUCCGCUACCUUCCAACCAACCUCUUCAAAACCUCUCCAAUCCCGACCCCAGAACCCAGCGCAUCACCAUCCAGGCGCCAUGGAACUACCUACAGAUACGCCGCCAGACGGCACCUCGCCGCGAACCUUUGCCCUCAAUCACCUGCGACCACGAUCCAGCUUCCUGGGCUGCUCGCGCAUCUCCGACUAUGAGCUGCAGGGCAAGCUGGGCGAGGGAACAUUUGGUGAGGUUCAUCGAGCCCGAUCGCGGAAGACCGGCGCCAUCGUCGCCCUGAAGAAAAUCAUCAUGCACCACGAAAAGGAUGGCUUUCCAAUCACCGCCCUUCGCGAGAUCAAGCUUCUCAAGCUCCUGUCACAUAAGAACAUCCUUAGGCUUGAGGACAUGGCUGUUGAACACCCUUCCAAAUCCACCGAUAAGCGCAAGAAACCCAUUGUAUACAUGGCCACGCCGUACAUGGACCACGACCUCUCCGGCCUUCUCGACAACCCGUCAGUUCAAUUCAAGGAGGCCCAGAUCAAAUGUUACAUGCUGCAGUUACUCGAGGGCCUCCGCUACCUCCACGAGAACCAGAUCCUCCACCGCGAUAUGAAGGCCGCCAACUUGCUCAUCAACAACCAAGGUAUCCUCCAGAUUGCCGAUUUUGGUCUGGCCAGACAUUACGAGGGACAGACUCCCCAGGCCGGUCAGGCUAUGGGCGAAGGUCGUCGAGAGUACACUGGUCUCGUGGUUACGAGAUGGUACCGCCCACCCGAGCUGUUGCUACAGCUGCGGCAAUACACCCCCGCUAUUGACGUAUGGGGAGUUGGCUGCGUUUUCGGCGAGAUGCUGGUGCGGAAGCCGAUCCUGGCUGGCGAGAGCGAUAGCCACCAACUGGAAAUCAUUUGGGAUCUGAUGGGCUCCCCGACAGAGGAAAAUAUGCCUAGGUGGAAGUUAUUACCAGGCGGUGAGCAUUUGACGACGCGACCCCGAACGGGAAACAUCCAGAAUCGAUUCAGAGAAUAUGGCUCAGGAGCCAUCUCGCUUCUGAAGGAACUGCUGAGAUUGGACUGGCGGACCCGAAUCAAUGCAGUGGACGCCCUGAAGCACCCAUACUUUAAGAUGCAGCCCCUACCCCUGGAGCCGCAUGAGAUCCCAAUGUACGAGGAAAGUCACGAGCUGGACCGAAGAAAGUUCCACGAUCGCAAGGCCGCACUCCCUCCGGCUCCCAAGGGAGGAACAGUGGGAAUUGGCCCCGACGCAAAUGGUGCCACGGCCGGCUUCAACAGUAACGAUCCUUACGGUAACGGACGCAAUGGGGCCAAUGGUCGGUACCGAAACGGACCUGAAGACCGUCGACCAGCGUGGCAGCGGGAGCGAGGACCACCGCCCUCUCGCCCGCCUCCCGGAGACGACGGUGAUUAUCGGGAUCGAGGGCCUCGGGCACGCGGUGCGCCUGGACCUCGAGGUGGUCCCGAAAUUGACACUUACAUACCUGCCUACAAGCGGGAUGAUGGAGCGCCUCGACGAAGGGACGACCGUCCCCCUAGAGACGACCGCCCUCGAGAUGAUCGUCCCCGGGAUGAACGCCGACGUCGCAAUAGCAGGGAGGACCGACGGUAUGACAGAGACCGCGGAACCAUGAGCCGUAGCCGAUCGCCUCGACACGAGCGAUCGCGAGAUCGGGAGAGGCCGGAUCGCGAUGUAUACCGAAGAUAGGAUGUUCGGUCGCAGCAACACAUGACAAGAAGGAUUGGAAUUGGCGUUACAGAGUGAUUAAACAGAACAUGCGAACCCGAGUAA